AUGCCGGGCUUCCCGGUACACGGUGCUCCGGCGAGGCUGUGCCUGGGCCUCGCGUGUGUCCUGUCCCUUUGGAACACAGUGUCUGCUGUUAAAGAAGAAGCCAGGAAGGAAAACGUGAUGACCUUCUUACCUACAACAGGCUCGGCAAAUAAAGAAGUUAAGAAGGAAAAAGCUGGAGCUUUCCUCGGUGCAACAGAGCUGCCCGCGAGGUCGGUGGAUCUGUCGGCACUGAACCUGACGCAGGUGGUGAACGGCAUGCUGAGCAGGGUUUUGAAAGAUAGCAAGAAGUUCUUCUCCCUGCUGAGCAUCACUUCCUACAGCUCCUUCGCCUUCCACAAGGUGUCCGUGGCCAUCUACAACAUUUCCCACCUGAGGACGGUGGACCCGGCCAAGUUCCCCACGCGGCACUGCUACUGCGUGAACAAUCGGACCAAUGACCUGUCAGAUUUCACAGCCCUGCUGGUGGACUUCAUUGGGAACUCGACCAGCUACCUGACGGAGAUGUUCAAGUCGACCUCCAUCCUCUCAGUGAGUCAGACCAAUGCAUCCGACUGCAUCUUCAUCUGCGUGAUGACGGGCAAGGCGGGAAGGAACCUGUCGGACUUCUGGGAGGCGGCCGAGGGGUCUCCGGUUAUCAACUACACAUUCACCAGCAGCCUGUCUGGUGCCCCGGCUACCAGGGGGACAGCCGUGGCUUCCAACCUCCCACCCACAAGCCAGCAAACGCUGCCACCGACAAGCCCCCCACGCAUAGCCCGGAGCACCAGCGGGUCUGCUCUGAGAACCUCUCCCAGGACAGACACAAUGCGUCCUUCCGAGGGAGAGCAGAGCGUGAACACGGACAGGCUGCCCGAACUUCUCGCCAAGGCCACGGCCAUGCUGGGCAGCAUCUCUCCCACCCUCCCAGGCCUGGGUACCAGGAGGGCGACAGCCAAAAGGCAGGCCUGGGCUUCCGGCCCACCUGGGCCCUGGGCUCAGACCACCCGUGAGGAAGUACCUGGGGGCCCUCCCUGGGAGCCGCUUCCCUCCAGAGUGGCGUCGCCUGCAGAGGCCCAGAGGACGGCCCAGCCCGGGGCCACACGGAGCCUCCCUGAGCCCCCUGCCAGGACACAGGCCAGCCCGCUCCCCGCCGGCCCGACCUCAGGAACCUUCACCCCUGGCACACAGACUCCAAGUCCGACCAAGGCCCCGGCCCCCAGGUACCCACAGGCAGGUGAUCUCCUGUGGCCACUUACCCCUGGAGAAGAGCCAGCCCUGAUCCUUGGACUCCACCAAGUUCAAGUUUCAAGGUGUCCUCGGCGGCUCCUCGGAGAGGGGGCCGUGACAGCUGUCCCUGUCACCCUGGCCUCCCAGAACCUCAACCCUUGCCUGAUGGAGCUGUGCCGAUUUUUCCAGCAAUGCCUCUGCAUGAGCCAGAGGAGGGAGCCCAGGGCGCAGGCCAUGAGGUUCUGUCUCGAAUAUUAUUCCUGGUUUCUGAAGAAUGCGACGUACAUCUGUCAGAGGGCGGACAGGGUGCCCCGCUCCCACACCUUAAAGCAAAGAUGCCUUGAGUCUAUCUGCCAGUCUGUGUGA